UUCAUAACUGAAAAAAUGUGGUUACAUUCCACAUUGAGGUAAAUUGUAAGAAAAAAGAAACUGAUUAACAGUCAGGGUGUCUGCAACAGUGUGGGGAAAGUGUUUAAGAGAACUUAGGAUAUUUGUUUGUUGAUGCAUGUCAGACAAAGGUUCACUCUGAGUUUAUAACUUAUACUUACUAAUAAUAUACACACUACUUUUGCAUUACUCAGGAAUGCAUUAACGAACAUUGAUUGAACAGGCAUUCUGCAAAGAUAUAAACUGGUAAAAGAACCUGACACAGUGAGACACUGGAAGACGGAAGCUGACUCAAGAGCAGAGUCGAUGUUCUAAACACAAUGAACACAAUCAGGUAAAUUAUUACCCUGGGAUAAUGUUAUUUAGCCUUAACUUUAGCUUUUAAACAGAUUAUCUUUGAAGAUUCUCAGUCAUCCAGGUCAUGGUAUCUUCAGAAGUGGUACAAGUGUACGUAGGAGUUUAAAGUGUUUGUUACUCAUGGAAUUUUAAGAGAAACAACAUAUUCUCCAUUUACACACAAAACACUGGAAACUUCACCACAGAGGCCUCCUGGAUAACUAGUCAACACUAGGGACAAUUUAAGUAGAUGGACACAUUAAACUGAUUAUGUACUGCUUCUUUACCUUUUAACAUUAUUUACAAACUACAACAAAAAUAAAAACAAAUUCUGAGUUUGAUGUUGUUAUAAAUUUUUACAUUUUAUUUUAUUAUCUUACUAAACUAGAAACAGUUGUAAUCUGUUAAAUUGUAAUGCAGAGCUAAUCACCGUCACAUACUGACAACAUGUUAAUAACAUGAUAUGAGACAUAACAACCUGAGAAACAAAUCCUGAUGAAUAGACUGAUUAUGGACUAGGAUGCUGGUUCUGUGUUUUUAUGCGCUAAAUUCAUUCCCUGUCACUCAAGAGUACCAUUUUGAGAUCAAGCUCCUCUGCAGGCUACUCCUUUUUAGGGGCUCCUGUCUUCUUCUUUUAAUUGUUCCUCCUCUGGUCUGCAGCAAUGUCAAGACCAUUUCACAGUGUUUUUAUAUACUAAUAUCAUAUACUACAGCAGACUGACUGAGGCACUUAAGCCUUGUGCUUUCAGAUGUGAAAUUAACUUACUACUUUGAAUGAGGUUUGUAGGGUCCAAGCCAAAGUUGGCUGGGGGUCAUGCAUGCAAAGGAUAUAUUCCCUGAAUUGAACUGAAUCUCAUUAUAUAUAUACUAUUUUUGCUUGGAAUUAUUUUUUCUAAUUCACAAAACAUUCUAAACCAACUUUUUUGAAAUCUUCCUAGGGUUGAUGUUGUUGAUACUGUUCAAUCUGCACAAAACUAAAUGCAGAAUUUAUCGACUCACAAACACUAUAGGUAACUAAAAAUGGGAAAUGCAGUAAACCAUGGUAACCAGAUUAGUAAUGUGUGACUACGUUUGAAUACUAAUUUACUGAAUACAACCUGUGAACUGAACUGAGGAAGCCUCUUGGAUGUAUAUACACUCCUGGGGCCGUAUUCACAAAGGAUUUUAGGGCUAAAAGUAGGUCCUAACUGGCGAAUUUAGGAGUAACUCCUAAAAAGAAUGGGCGUGUCACUCUUAAAUGUAGGACUCCUAACUUUUUUCACUAAGAGCAAUUCACAAAGUAUUUUAGGCCUAAAAGUAGCACCUAAGUCAAGGAGAGCUUAAAAGUCCUCAAGAGGACUCCUAACUCACUAAGACCUAUUCACAAAGAAUCCUAAAAUGGCUGCGAGACGAAAUGCUUUGGAGACAAUGGAAGACCGUGAGUUAAUCAAGAGAUAUAGGCUAAAUCGUGAGGGUAUUCAACUUGUUGUGGACUUAGUGCGGGAUGCAAUAACAUCCCCGACUAACAGGAAUAAUCCCAUUAGUCCCGAAAUAAAAUGUUUAGUAACACUACGUUAUUUAGCAACAGGGAAAAUGCAACUUUGCAAUGCCGACGAUUUAGCAAUAUCACAACCAUCAGUCAGCCGUGCCAUAAACCAAACUAUCAACGCGCUAGCUAGACCACAUAUCAUCCAACAGUUUAUCCGGUUUCCUUUGGACAUUCAACAAUUACACAGGAUCAAAGCCAACUUCAUGGCGAUUGCAGGUAUGCCCGGUGUGGUCGGUGCUAUUGACGGGACGCACAUAAAAAUAAUUGCUCCAUCAAAAGAUGAGGACGUGUUCGUCAAUAGGAAGAAAGUGCAUUCCAUCAACACGCAGGUUGUUUUUGAUGCAAAUUUCAACAUACUGGAUGUUGUUGCAAAGUGGCCUGGAGCUACCCAUGAUUCGCGCAUUUUAAUGGAGGGCGGUCUGAGGCAGCUUUUUGAGAGGCACCAUGUACCAGUUGGGUGUCACUUGCUGGGUGACAGUGGCUAUCCCUGCAAGACGUGGCUUUUGACACCCUACCUCAAUCCACAACCGGGAGCACAGCUAAAGUAUAACAUAGCACACAAACAUACACGAAAUGUUGUGGAGAGAGGAAUUGGGCAGAUGAAACGUCGGUUUCAUGUACUCCACGGCGAAAUACGCCUCACCCCAGAGAGGGCAAGCACAGUCAUCACUGUAUGUGCCAUUCUACACAACCUCUGCAAGCGGAGGAACAUUCCACAGCCAGACGAUGAUGACGAUGAAGAGGACGAUGACCCCGAUGAUGAUGAUGAUGGCGCUCGACAACAUGACAAUGAAUUUGGCCGUGUGGAACCGAGUGGACUGGCAUUUAGGGAUCACUUUGUGAAUACACAUUUUAGUGAACUGGUACCAGCAGCAGGAGGGAGAGGAGAGCCAGUGGGUGCACCAAGAGGGAGAGUUGGAAGAGAAAGGGGUGGAAGAGGAAGAGCUGUGAGAGGAGGUGCAGCUGGGAAAGGAAGAGCUGUGAGAGGAGGUGCUGCUGGAAGAGGAAGAGCUGGCAGAGGAAGGGCUAGGAGGGGGAGAAGAGGAAGAGCUGUGUGAUGUGAUGCUGCAGCUGGACUUUCAUCUUCAUUUCUCCUGUGGGGAAUAUAUAUAUAUUUAAUUUGUAACACAUUUUUGGGAAGUGGGUUGACCAGUUGCACGUUGUAAUUCUUCUGUAAAUAUUAAACAGAAAGGUUUUUCAUGAA